CAACACUUGACGAAUUUUGCUUUUUAAAGUCGUUCUAUAUUCCACUCUGAAGAAAUUCAAGUCUAAAUAUUUGUCAAAUCUUAAACAAAUUCAAUCUACAUAGUCAAUUGACUCAUUUUCUACACCUCACUUUCUGACUACAUCCAACGUGCGAGCCUGACUUUAAUUUAUCAUAUUACCAAAAUGGUAGCUACUAUUACCGACCUGCCGACCAACAAAUCCCAAUCGGAUGUCUCCUUUUGGAUCGGCUGCCCGACGUCAUUGGAUAAAUCUCGACUCAAGAUUCGCGACAAAUUUUGUAGAGAACCAAACUAAUCCGCAAUAAGUCUAGCUGGUCCUUCUAUGCUCGUCGUAUUGCAUCCCCAGUUUCCUGGUUCGAGGGAUCAUCUUACCCAUGGGAUCGACCUCAGGCGGGGUUAUUGUCUGCACAAUGGACAAAGCAUUCAAUUCUCAAUGAUAUGAUCGCGGGGUUCCCUGCCGUGCAACCUUCUUUUCCUACCCAAAUUUAAGGCAGAAGGCAGCAGAAGCACAACCUUUCAUAGCUCGCUAUUCGAAUCGUUAGCUGGUGUCACCACGUUGCGUAACGAUAGGUAGAAGUCAAACAAACGACCAAGACCAACACGAUGCCUCCAGAAUCUCGAGGUGAUGAAACGAGCGCCGGCUCGGCUCAGCCGAGUAAGAAGGCGAAGCUUGGCCUUAUCGCUGGAGUCUUCGUUCCCGUCGUGAACAACAUCAUUAGUAUUCUUAUGUUCCUCCGAUUCGGUUCCAUCAUGGGUCGGAUUGGUCUACUUGGAAUGCUUGGUCUACUCGUUAUUGCCUAUAUCGUCGAUUUUAUCACUACUCUGUCUCUCUCCGCCAUAGCUUCUAAUGGGGAGGUUAAAGGAGGUGGCGCCUAUUACCUGAUUUCAAGAUCACUCGGCCCUGAGUUCGGCGGCUCCAUAGGCGUUCUGUUUUACCUUGCUCAGGUUGUAAACACAUCACUCAAUAUCGUUGGUCUCAUAGACUGUCUAAAGCUAAAUCUGGGCCCUUCGAUACCUCACGGCUAUUGGGAGAGUUAUGCUAUGCAGACAGUAGCUCUUGUGUUCUGCACAGCUUUGAGUCUCGCCGGGCGUGCCAUAUUUGUUCAAGCCAGUGGUGUCCUCUUCAUUGUACUCAUUUUUGCGAUUAUCAGCAUUCCUAUUUCGAGUAUCGCAGGAAGUCCGUUCAAGAAUGAUAUACUUGGAGUUGAAUUCACCGGGGUAAGCCUUGAUACGAUGAUUUCUAAUCUUUAUCCUCACAGAGCGAAUCCCGCGUAUCGAGGCGUCGACACGUUUAGGGAGCUGUUCGGUAUUCUCUUCAGUGCUACGUCCGGUAUCUUCGCUGGAGCAUCGAUGUCAGGGGACUUGGCAAAUCCAAGUAAAGCAAUCCCGAAAGGAACAUUAUGGGCUAUGGCAGGGACCUUUGUUCUCUACGUAGUCGUUAUCUUGUCGAUAGCGUCUAGCAUCACUCACCGUUCUUUCCUUCAAGACACGAAUAUCAUCUCUACGACCAACUUAUGGCCCCCAAUAGUACUCGCCGGAGAGUGUGCUACUACGUUCUUCUCAGCUUUGAUGGGAAUUAUCGGUGGUGCUAAACUCCUUCAAGCUCUUGGUCGCGAUAAACUCCUCCCGGGGCUAUCUAUAUUUGGUAAAGGCAACAAACGUGAUGAUCCUAUACUUGCGGUGCUCAUUACGUAUAUCAUCGCACAGGUCGCCCUAUUCGCAGACUUAAAUCAAAUCGCGACUUUCAUAUCUAUGGGCUAUCAGAUGACAUUUUUUGUUAUGAACCUAGCUUGUUUCUUACUGAAGAUAGGAUCAGCUCCUAAUUUCCGCCCUGCUUUCAAAUUCUUCGGUUGGCACACAGCCUUCGUGGGAAGCGUUCUUUCUGCUGCCGCGAUGUUCUUCAUAGACGAGACAUAUGCUGCUUGCGCUAUUUGCGUUCUCAUAUUUCUCUUUUUAAUUAUCCACUAUACUACUCCGCCGAAACAUUGGGGCGACGUCUCUCAAAAUUUGAUUUACCACCAAGUUCGAAAGUACCUAUUACGGCUCAAGCCCGAACACAUCAAAUUCUGGAGACCCCAGAUAAUACUGCUGAUUAAUGACCCUCGGCAUCAUACGCGACUUAUACAGUUUUGUAACUCUUUGAAGAAGGGAUCCUUAUAUAUUUUAGGGCAUGUGAUUGUGACCGAUGACUUUACUUCGGGCAUACAAGAGGCAAAGUUGCAGCAGUCAGCUUGGACUCGAUAUAUCUCGGAAUUCUCACGAAUUAAAGCUUUUGUCCAGUUAACAAUGUCGCCGACGAUCGUAUGGGGCGUGCGAAAUCUAAUCCUCUCUGCUGGUCUAGGGGGUAUGCGACCUAAUAUAGCUAUCUUGGGUUUUUACAACAUGGAUGAUUUACGGAAGUCUCGGCCUCUAUCUGGAAUACCUGAAGUACCCAACACGCCUACUAAAGCAAGGAUUGAAACCAAGAUCGAAGGGAAGGCGCCAAGGCGGCGGCGUGGAGACACAUCUGCUCGUCUUCUCGAAGGUUUCCUCCCAACCGACACUAUCCGAACGGAGGGCAUGAUGUCCGUUACAGACUAUCUAACAAUACUAGAAGAUCUCGCACUCCGUCAUCGCCUCAAUGUUGCCAUUGGCAAAGGAUUCCAAGCACUGGAAACCCCGCGCCGCGGUGGGGGCAACAUCAAAAAAUACAUUGAUCUUUGGCCUAUUCAAAUGUCGGCUGAGAUUACUGAUGGUGAUACAAGCGUGUGGACGACUAAUUUUGACACUUACACAUUGAUUUUACAGCUUGGAUAUAUCUUGCAAAGUGUCCCAGCAUGGAAAAGGGCGUUCAAACUCCGUGUCUCAGUAUUCGUCGAGUACGAGAGCGAAGUUAAAGAUGAACAAGCGAGACUAAAAGCUUUGUUAGAAAAACUACGGAUUGACGCUAGAGUCCGAGUAUUCUGGCUUGCUUCGGGGCAUCUACAAAGCUAUGAGACCAUUGUUAACGGCCGUGGCCACGACUCUGAAAUCGGAUUUGUCGUUAACGAAUUACUAAAAGAUGAUGAAUGGUGGCAAGAGCUUCAGAAGCUAAGGACCGACGCUCACAACUUGUCUCGAUCGCAGGAGCUUCUUUCGAUAGAAGAAAUGCUAAGCGUCACAAGACGCAGAGGCAGUUCCGUAUCGAAAUCCGACGCCCAUAAUAGCUUGCCUAAGGGGCUGGAUGUCGGCGAGUUGCUCGAUAAAUAUAAGAAACCGACAGUAUCUACCAUGGCGAAAUUCGGCGUCAACUUUGGUAUUCACACUCAACAGUUAAGCUCUUCAGCGCUAGGCCAUCGAACAAACAGUACUACGCCUGACUACAGCGAUGACGACAUUGAAUCUAUCGCAUCUUCAGACGUUGACUUUAACGAUGGUGCUAGUGUAGCGAGUGAUGAUGUCCAAGAGUCAACUUCAUUACGAAGGCCUAACCUAUUAACCUUCGCAGGUCGAAGAAGAAGUCACGGAGACGACUCUCGCGGAGUGGGACGAUUGGAUAAUAUAGGACAAUUACGUACAGAACGAUCAGGACGUUCGACUACAACUAGUUCUUCGGGUUAUGGCACAAUAACACCGUCGACAGCGCCGACAAUAAGACCGAUUUCUCCAGUCAAACGGACGCAGAGCUCAACUGGCCUCCUUAGCGCUACAUCAGAACUAAGCGACCCAGCGCCUGCAAAAGCCCCCUCGAGACCGACACUUUCGCGUAAUUCAUCGGCAAGCCGAUUUACUAGCAAACCAACACCGGAAACUACAAUCCUUGCCGAAGGUGAUACGGGACCAAGGAUUAUGUUUUCUAAGGAGGAAGAAUUGACAUCUCGGCCAAGGCGCCCAGCAUUGUCACGAAAUGCAUCUGCUGGUCCGUAUUCGAGCCGGCCCGUUCCAGAGACCAAAGUCGAACACGAAGAUGGUUUUGGGCCGCGCCUUAUGUUCGCCGAGCCCGAAGCUAGUACCUCCGAGCCCCUAUUGAAAUCGCGAAGGAGCUCAAAAUCACGCAGGAGCUCAUUAUCCCGGAAGGAGAAACCGUCGGAAGUACAACUCAAUAUACCAGAGCUAUUAGCAUCUUAUCAUCCUGGCGAACAACUAGACGAUGAUGCUCACUCAACAUACACAACACAGAGUCUACCUCUAUCGUUUAAUGAUUUGCCUAGCCGGGCGCAACAUUUAAUUCUUAAUGAACUCAUGCGUCAACACAGCAGCGAAACGGCUGUGCUACUUACGACUCUUCCGAUCCCCGAAGAGGGGACCUGCAAGAGUGAGGAGGCUAGUGUGAGAUAUCUCUCCGAUAUCGAAGUGCUUUGUCAUGAACUCCCGCCCGUUCUUUUGGUUUUAAGUAAUAACAUGACUGUGACAGUCAGCUUGUAACACAUGCCCGACUAAUGUUAGAGAAGGAUUAUUAUAUGGGUCAAGAUUGUAUAGGCAUUGAUAUUUUUGGAUACACGCACUAAGAUACCACUUUGAUUACAAGACGCAAUAGUAUAUCUACCUACGAUUUACACAUAGAUUUUUGACACCAAGUUCCAGGCAUGGAAAAUUUUGGUGUUCCCCUUACUAACACAUGAAUAGGGCAGAAAACAGCAUUUUGGAUCUUUACACCGACGCCUGACGGCUACCGCCUAUUGGACGAAGAUAACAUAUGUCAAGCAUACGUCUAGGGCGGCGUUGUUACGACCCUGGAUUGAUACUGACAUCCUUGUUUCUCAAUGACAUCAAUUCCAAACUAGCCAUUCAACGUCUAAAGAGAGGCUUUAACGGUUCCUGACUCUUUAAGAAUCACAAUGCAUUAAUUGACA